AUGGCUUCUAUAGAUACUCUCUUCUCGCUCGGUAUUCGUUUCCCUAAAGCUAUCCCCAAGAAAUCGAUCCAGAAAAACGCGAGUUUCGCUGCAAAAACUCGAUUGAGAGCUCCCAUUCUACGUCGUUCGUUUACAGUUCUCUGCGAAUUGAAUCCCGGGUCAGCGAACAAUCCCAGUACUGCUGCUUCUGAUGAUGAUUUCGUAACUAGGGUUUUGAAGGAGAAUCCUAGUCAAGUGGAACCUCGUUAUCGAGUUGGUGAUAAGCUUUAUAAUCUCAAGGAGAGAGAGGAUUUAAGCAGAAGCUCCAAUGCGACGGGUCCGUUUGAGUUUAUUAAAAGGAAGUUUGAUUCGAAGACGAAAAUGGAGGAGACAGAGAAAAGCAGUGAGAUUGGAAAUGAGUCUGUUUAUUUGAAUGAUAUUCUUAGGGAAUACAAAGGAAAGCUUUAUGUCCCGGAGCAAGUUUUUGGACCAGAGUUAUCUGAGGAAGAUGAAUUUGAGAAAAAUGUGAGAGAUUUACCAAAGAUGAGCUUGGAAGAUUUUAGAAAAGCUAUGAAGAAUGAUAAGGUUAAGCUUUUGACGUCGAAGGAUGAUUUUGGUGCUCCUUACAGAGAUUUCAUUGUUGAUCUUAAGGAAAUUCCUGGAGUCAAGAGCUUACAGAGAACCAAAUGGUCGAUGAAGCUUGAAGUUGGAGAAGCUCAAGCUCUUUUGAAAGAAUACACUGGUCCACAGUACGAAAUAGAAAGGCACAUGACGUCUUGGGUUGGGAAAGUGGCAGACUUCCCAAACCCGGUCGCCUCUUCUAUAUCAAGUAGAGUGAUGGUUGAGCUGGGAAUGGUGACAGCAUUUAUUGCUGCAGCGGCAGCUGUUGUUGGAGGAUUUUUAGCCUCAGCUGUUUUUGCAGUCACUAGUUUCGCCUUUGUCACUAUAGUUUAUGUUGUUUGGCCUAUAGUAAAGCCGUUCCUCAAACUGUUUAUUGGCAUAUUCGUCGGUGGUCUUGAACGAUCAUGGGAUUACCUUGUUGAUGUUCUUGGCGAUGGGGGGAUCUUCUCAAGGAUUUCUGAUUUCUACACAUUUGGUGGUGUAUCAUCAAGCCUUGAGAUACUUAAACCAAUCUUACUUGUUGUCAUGACAAUGGUUCUUCUUGUCCGUUUCACACUGUCACGGAGACCUAAGAAUUUUAGGAAAUGGGAUUUAUGGCAAGGGAUUGCUUUUUCUCAGUCUAAAGCAGAAGCUCGUGUUGACGGUUCAACUGGCGUUAAAUUCGGUGAUGUCGCAGGGAUUGAUGAAGCAGUUGACGAACUUCAAGAGCUUGUAAAGUACUUGAAGAAUCCCGACCUGUUCGACAAAAUGGGAAUUAAACCUCCUCAUGGAGUUCUUCUCGAGGGUCCCCCGGGUUGUGGCAAGACACUCGUUGCGAAAGCCAUUGCGGGGGAAGCUGGUGUACCGUUUUAUCAAAUGGCAGGAUCUGAAUUCGUCGAAGUUCUUGUUGGGGUUGGUUCGGCGCGUAUCAGAGAUCUGUUUAAAAGAGCUAAGGUAAACAAGCCAUCCGUUAUUUUCAUAGAUGAAAUUGAUGCCUUAGCAACUAGACGUCAAGGGAUUUUCAAAGAAAACACAGACCAGUUGUACAAUGCAGCCACUCAAGAAAGAGAAACCACAUUGAACCAGCUUCUCAUCGAGCUUGAUGGUUUUGACACCGGCAAAGGUGUGAUUUUCUUGGCUGCCACCAAUCGUAGAGAUCUGUUAGACCCUGCUCUUCUACGUCCAGGUCGAUUUGAUCGAAAGAUAAGAAUCCGUCCUCCUAAUGCGAAAGGAAGAUUAGAUAUUUUAAAGAUCCAUUCCAGCAAAGUCAAGAUGUCGGAUUCUGUUGACUUGUCAUCGUAUGCAAGCAACUUACCAGGAUGGUCGGGAGCAAAACUGGCACAGUUGGUUCAAGAGGCUGCUCUUGUAGCAGUCAGAAAAAAGCAUAGCUCGAUUCUUCAAUCAGACAUGGACGACGCUGUUGACCGACUUACUGUUGGUCCGACACGUAUUGGUUUAGAAUUGGGACACCAAGGUCAGUGUCGUAGAGCCACUACUGAAGUUGGAGUUGCAAUCACUUCUCAUCUCUUACUGAGGUAUGAGAAUGCAAAGAUUGAGCGGUGCGAUCGCAUUUCAAUCAUCCCUCGUGGUCAGACACUGUCUCAAGUUGUGUUUCAUCGGCUUGAUGAUGAAUCCUACAUGUUUGGUCGGCUUCCACAACUGCUCCAUCGACUUCAGGUCUUGCUCGGAGGAAGAGCUGCAGAAGAAGUGAUCUAUGGCUCAGAUACUUCAAAGGCAUCAGUCGAUUAUCUGUCCGAUGCCUCAUGGCUAGCUCGUAAAAUCUUAACCAUAUGGAAUUUGGAGAACCCAAUGGUGAUACAUGGCGAACCACCACCUUGGAGAAAGAGGGUUCAGUUUGUGGGACCACGCUUAGACUUUGAAGGAUCCCUCUAUGACGAUUAUGACCUCGUCGAACCACCCAUUAACUUCAAUAUGGAUGACGAAGUUGCACAGAGAAGUGAAGAACUCAUUAGCCAGAUGUAUAACAAAACCGUUUCUCUCCUCACGCAAAACCAAACCGCUCUCCUCAAAACCGUUAAGGUUUUAUUGAGCCAGAAAGAGAUGAGUGGAGAAGCAAUAGAUUACAUACUUGACCAUUAUCCUCCUCAAACUCCUUUAAAUUCUCUCUUACAAGAACAGAAUCCGGGAAGCCUUCCUUUUGUCCCUGAACAUCUCCGGCGUGAUUCCGGUGACUUUGUCGUCCUUAACCACUCUGCCGACGUCAAUGCUCCGGCGUAA